AUGCAUGUCCACGUUGCUGCGGCCGCUCCGGCUUCGGUCUUGACCGCAUCGUCAUCGGCCACCCUCGUCGAUGUCGGGAACGGUAAUUCCGCGAUGCUAUUCACGGAAUUAGAGAACAAGAACUCCGCUGAACAGCUCGGAUGGCUCAAGAAUCAGCUUGCACUCGAGAAUCGCAUCAAGGAAGGAGCGGAGAAUUUGUUGAAUAUGACUCUAACGGACCCUCAACGCUUACAAGUGGAGUCGGAACUCGACAUGGCGAACAAGAAGAUUAGUGCAAUCACCAAACGCAUCGAGAUGCAGACCUCCAGAAAUCGGGCCAAAGCCUCAGCUGUUGCAGGGAAGAAGGUCAGGCCGGUCAAUGGAUCCACCGAUGAGAAAGGCGAAGAUUUCCGCACAGCGCUCUCAAACGCCAUCACUGCCCUGAAGGAGCUCAAAUCUCUAUCACAUUCUGAAACUUCACCACCCCUACCCAGCGCGCCCUCGGCAAAACCAAAUAACAGCAAUUUCCAGUCGGGUGCUGCUGUCGAGCUUAAUGGCCAACGUAUCGACGCGAUGAGCAAGCUUAUCGAAAUUCUCAGGAGACAUGUACGCGUCAAGUAUGAGCUCGAUUUCAACGACGUCCUUCACGCUGUCCUGCCGUGCUUUGGCGACAAAUGUUCAAAACAAUGUCGCGCGGCUGCGUACAGACUCAUUCGACACGCUCUUGUUGACUCUGAUACGGUUGGUCGGCUUGGUGAGGCGCUCGACUGGUACAUUGUCAAGUCAUUCCUCCGCGACAACAAGCAUGCAGUUGAGAAAGAGCAGGCUAUCAAGCUCAUUCGGAUGAUGGUUGAAAUUAGCACGUCUGGACGAGAUGCAGAGGCUAAGACGGCACCUGGUUCGAUACCCAUAUCGGAGACCGUCAUGCGAGCAGUUAUUGCAGUUGCUGAGCAUGCCGAGGACCCAUUCAGGCUGAUAUGUAUACAGACGCUGGCCGAGAUCCUGAUAAUUGACAUCGACCUCGCCGCUCGGACGGGCACGAUUCGCUUCCUGCUCCAUGUUCUAGGGGAAGGGCCUGUAGAGAUAACUCCUAUUCUUGCCUCAGUUUUCCUACACAUAGUGGAUUCACCUCGAACACGGGCUUAUAUUCAAGUUGGUACGGAUUUGGAGUUGGCCAUCUCUGCUAUCACAGACGCGUAUGGCAAGCCACCGGACCACGCUGACCGAAUGAGGAGUUGUGCGAGGGUCGUGCAGUUGAUGCUGCGAACCUGGAGUGGUUUGAUGUUUUUCUGCAUGGACGACAUGCGGGCAAUCCGGUCUCUGAUCAACACGCUUCGAAUACCUUCGCUUGACACCAGGGAAAUCGUUCUGGAUAUGUUCUUCGAUUUACUGAAUAUCAAGACUCCCGCUUGGUACCAGACAUUUAUCGACGGCCGAAGACUAACGAUGUAUCGGAAGUCUCGAGAUGCACCUGAACACCAUCGUGAUCGCCAGGACCCUGUUGAAAAGCCAGUGCGAACCCUCAAACUUACAGAUCAAUAUCUCGCUCUUCUUGUCGCUAUUCUAACUAACGCCGGUCUAUGCGAGGCAUUGACUGCUAUGCUAGAGGAAUCCACGACGGGUACGAACCUUUCACGGAAGGCGACUCUCCUUAUGGCGGAAGUCCUUGCGAUGGUGAAUCGCGUGCUGCCUUUGACGAUGGCUGCCAAAAUCCAGGCGAUCCCUGAAGUUUUCAGCAUGGCAACCGACUACAAGGAUGGCGAGAAUCGCAUUGUCGGAACGUCAGCAUUGUCUGCAAUCGACAGUUUCAACCGAAAUCGAGCAAGACUUGAGCCCAGUGGCCCUGUCAAAGGCUUCCGUCAGAGAGCAAAUUCUGUCGAAGACGCCGUCAGACGAGGGCAAAGACAAGUAGAACAAGUCAAAUUGAAGAUGAGCAUGCAGAUGGACGACCGUACCUUCCAAGCAUCCCUCCUUGAGACUCAAGUGAUGACGACGAAAGACCACACCAAAUGGAACUUCGAGACCCUGCAAGAGCUGAUCGAGGGACCCUUGCUGAACCCGAAACGGAUGGAGGAGGCGAUCAAGGUGUCAAGAUUUGUCCGGCGACUGAUGUCAUUCUUCCAUCCGUUCAACCACCGGUUCUCCGACGUGAAGAGGACGAAGGCGAACACAAGAUGGGUAAGGCUAGGGUGUUCCCUGCUGACAACUCUCAUGGCGAGUCCCGAUGGUGUGAGGUACCUCUCAACAGAGGAUAUCUUCUUGGCCCAGAUCGUGAAGAGUUUCGCUCAGUUAGACCCUUUCAACGGUGUUCCAGACUCUGAUCCCAUUUUUUCGAAGAAGCGAGUGGCAGAGACGUUGACGUACGGCUAUCUGGAGAUGCUUGGAACGCUGAGUAAAUUCAAGGAUGGGAUUGAGUUACUGGAGAAAUUCAAGGUCUUCACGGCGUUCUACCACCUGAGCGAACUUCGAAGUCGAGAGGACCUAAUCAAAGGGAUCGUUGAGAAUCUAGAUUACAGCAUCGAUGGACACCCCCGGAUUGUCUUGUCGAAAGCGUUGACAUCAAGCUAUAAACACAUACGUCUUUACGCAACACGGCACCUUGGUGCUUUGAUACAUGGCUCGCCAAACGCCAAUGCGUGGACAUUGCGGCUUCUCUUGACGCAGUUAUAUGAUCCUGCUCCUGAAGUGUGCGAACUCGCGGUGGAAUUCUUGGACGAGGCCUGCGACUCGAAAGAGAUACUGCAACUGGUGGUUGAAAUGCAGCCAACCAUGGAUCAUCUAGGCGAUAUUGGGCAUAGGUUGUUGUUGAAAUUCAUGUCAACCCCUGUGGGUUUCCGCUUUUUAUAUGAUGCUGGGUAUAUAAGCCGAGAAAUGGAGUCUUGGUUCAAUGGUCGGAAUAUUGAUUACGUUGUCGAGGUGGAAGUCUUCCUUGCCAAGGUCUUCAACUUCUCGAACGUCGUUGAUGAUGAAGAGGACCUGCUCGACUUUGACGGCACUGUUCCUGCUCACUUCUACGGUGAAAUGGCGAAGACUGAGCUCGGCUGCCAAGUUUUGCAGGAGACUGGUCACUUUAGCGAGUUUGCCCAAUUCAUCCGCCAGCAUUGUCAUGAAAGCGAGGAUACGGACCUUAUUCUGAAGCUCAAGAGUAUUCUUUGGGCUGUUGGGAAUAUUGGAGCCACUGAAGGUGGUCUUCACUUUUGCGAGGAGGAGGAAAUCAUACCUGCCAUCCUGGAAAUCGCAGAGGGCUCUCCAAUCCCGUCAGUUAGAGGAACGUGUUUCUUCGUUCUUGGUCUUAUUUCCUCCACUUCACAAGGAGCAGAGAUCCUCGAUGACUACAACUGGGAGGCUACACUAUCGCCUCUUGCACUGCCCACAGGACUCUGCAUUCCUGCAGACAUCGAGAAAUUUAUCUCUCUUCCUUACUGGACGGCCACGGAUCCGACCAAGAACGAACCUCCAAAUCGACUGCUGCCUCCAACUGCUGAACAUGAGAUCGAGGCAAUCACUGCCAUUCAGAACCUUGCAAACACUGUCAUUGCAAAUGCUGCAUCGCGCUCACUAGCUAGAAUCAAGGCUCGACCAGACACACGAACCAUAUUCUCCUCUCCUGAAAUGUUCUACCGCGCGCUGCAUAUAAUGUCUACCCAACGAUAUCGUCUACCAGUCCGACGAUAUAUUGUUGAAUUGUUCAAUCAAGAGAUGAACGCCGAGUUGGUAGUUGCUUUGAACGAAGCCGCUUCGCGGGUCAAAGCAUCACCAUCGUACAAGCCGCCGCGAACCGACACUAUUCGAAUGAGCGUCUUUGGUCGAUUGGGCAAGUCAAGAAGGCCAUCCGAAAGUGAUGAAUCGGAUGCUGAAGAUGGCCUGGAUACACCAUCCGCUCAGGACAAACAGCCAGCAGAGAAGCCUGCGAUAAAUCUUCAACCCCUGAAGAAGAUCGUUGGUUUUACUCCAUAA